CUACUUACAGAUUAUAUACACUAGAGCAAAACAAUAAAGUAUAGAUCCAGCCAACAAUGGCAGGCCGCAUUAGCUUGGAGGCUAUCAAGAAGGAGAAUGUUGAUCUUGAAAAAGUUCCGCUGGAGGAGGUGUUUCAACAAUUGCAUUGUACUAGGGAGGGGCUGACAAAUGAAGAAGCACAGCAGAGGCUCACUAUUUUCGGCCCGAACAAGCUCGAGGAGAAGAAGGAAAGCAAAUUUCUCAAGUUCUUGGGGUUCAUGUGGAAUCCACUGUCGUGGGUGAUGGAAAGUGCGGCUAUAAUCGCCAUCGCCUUAGCAAACGGGCAGGGAAGGCCCCCGGACUGGCAAGAUUUCGUUGGAAUUACGUCCUUGCUCAUCAUCAACUCCACUGUCAGCUUUAUUGAAGAGAACAAUGCCGGCAACGCAGCUGCAGCGCUAAUGGCGGGACUGGCGCCCAAGACGAAGGUGCUUAGGGAUGGGAAAUGGAGCGAGAAGGACGCGGCGAUUCUGGUGCCGGGAGACAUUAUAAGCAUCAAGCUGGGAGAUAUUAUCCCUGCAGAUGGCCGCCUUCUGGACGGCGAUCCUUUAAAGAUUGAUCAGUCUGCACUUACCGGGGAGUCACUUCCGGUGACAAAGCAGCCAGGGGAAGAAGUGUAUUCUGGUUCCACCUGUAAGCAGGGUGAAAUAGAGACAGUUGUCAUUGCAACUGGGCUGCAUACCUUCUUUGGCAAGGCUGCUCAUCUUGUUGACAGCACCAACAAUGUUGGACACUUCCAGAAGGUGUUAACAGCAAUUGGGAACUUCUGCAUAUGCUCAAUUCUUGUGGGGAUCGUGAUAGAGAUAGUAGUGAUGUACCCAAUUCAGCACAGGAGGUACAGAGAUGGGAUUGACAACCUGCUGGUUCUUCUCAUUGGAGGGAUCCCAAUUGCCAUGCCUACUGUGCUGUCUGUUACGAUGGCCAUUGGCUCCCACCGCCUCUCACAGCAAGGUGCCAUCACCAAGAGGAUGACUGCCAUUGAAGAGAUGGCUGGAAUGGAUGUUCUCUGCAGCGACAAAACCGGGACUCUUACCCUAAACAAACUCACAGUAGACAAAUCUUUGAUUGAGGUGUUCACCAAGGACAUGGACAAGGACACUGUUAUGCUUCUUGCAGCCAGGUCUUCCAGGGUGGAGAAUCAGGAUGCAAUCGACACUUGUAUGGUGGGAAUGUUAGCAGAUCCUAAGGAGGCAAGGGCAGGUAUCAAAGAGGUGCAUUUUCUACCAUUUAACCCGGUGGAUAAGCGUACAGCUAUCACUUAUAUUGACUCCAAUGGGAACUGGCACAGGGUCAGCAAAGGUGCACCCGAGCAGAUUAUUGAGCUUUGUGACCUAAAACCGGAUGUGAAGAAGAAGGUUAAUGGCAUCAUUGAAAAGUUUGCAGACCGUGGCCUUCGCUCUCUUGGUGUUGCUCAACAGACAGUACCUGAGAAGAACAAGGACGCUAAGGGAGGGCCUUGGGUCUUUGUAGGCCUCUUGCCUCUGUUUGAUCCUCCAAGACAUGACAGUGGUGAGACCAUCAAGCGUGCCCUUAACCUCGGUGUCAAUGUGAAGAUGAUCACUGGCGAUCAGCUCGCCAUUGCCAAGGAGACAGGGCGACGAUUGGGGAUGGGAACCAACAUGUAUCCUUCCACCUCCCUGCUCGGGGAAGACAAGGAUGCAAAUGUUGCCAACAUUCCUGUUGAGGAGCUAAUCGAGAAGGCUGAUGGGUUUGCUGGAGUGUUCCCAGAGCACAAGUACGAGAUUGUGAGGAAGCUCCAGGAAAUGAAGCACAUCUGUGGCAUGACUGGAGAUGGUGUGAACGACGCCCCUGCAUUGAAGAAGGCAGACAUAGGAAUCGCUGUGGACGAUGCAACAGACGCUGCCCGGAGUGCAUCCGACAUAGUCCUCACCGAGCCCGGGCUGAGCGUGAUCGUCAGUGCUGUGUUGACAAGCAGAGCAAUUUUCCAAAGAAUGAAGAACUACACCAUUUAUGCUGUCUCCAUCACCAUUCGUAUCGUCCUUGGUUUCAUGCUCAUUGCUCUUCUCUGGAAGUUCGAUUUCUCGCCCUUCAUGGUUCUCAUCAUUGCCAUUCUUAACGACGGAACCAUCAUGACCAUUUCCAAGGAUAAAGUCAAGCCUUCCCCCUUGCCUGACUCAUGGAAACUCAAAGAAAUCUUUGCCACUGGCGUUGUUCUUGGCACUUACCUAGCAGUCAUGACAGUCAUUUUCUUCUGGGCUGCUUAUCAGUCAGAUUUCUUCACUGAACACUUCGGGGUAAGAUCAAUCAGGCACUCCUACGAGGAACUGAACUCAGCACUCUACCUUCAAGUCAGUAUUGUGAGUCAGGCGCUCAUCUUUGUCACAAGGUCCAGGGGCUGGUCCUUCGUGGAACGACCUGGUUUGUUGCUGCUAGGUGCCUUUUUCAUUGCCCAGCUGAUUGCCACCGUGAUUGCUGUGUAUGCAAACUGGGAAUUCGCGAGAAUCAAAGGCAUCGGCUGGGGCUGGGCGGGCGUAAUCUGGCUUUACAGCGUCAUUUUCUACAUUCCACUGGACAUAUUGAAGUUUGGCAUCAAAUAUGCAUUGAGUAACAAAGCCUGGAAUAAUAUGAUAGAUAACAAGACUGCUUUCACAUCAAAGAAGGAUUAUGGAAAAGAAGAAAGAGAGGCACAGUGGGCUUCAGCUCAACGCACAUUGCACGGCCUCCAGGCUCCAACCAGCAACUCUGGCUUCGCCGACGGGAGCUUCAAGGAGCUGUCUGAAAUCGCAGAACAGGCAAGGCGACGUGCAGAAAUUUCAAGGUUGAGAGAGCUGCACACUCUAAAGGGGCACGUGGAAUCGGUGGUGAAGCUGAAGGGUCUGGACAUUGAUACGAUUCAGCAACACUACACAGUCUGAGGGAGGGAAUUAUGGAUUCAGUCAGGCUGCGAAUUAGCAAGUUAGUAGAAAAAGAUGAGAGUUUAGAGAAAAGAAUAAGAAAGUGGAGGGAAGAAGUAGAAGAAGAAGAAGAAGCUUCUCCCCACCCCC